GACCCCUGCCCAUGGCUUCUGCUAUAGACAGGACCCCUGCCCAUGGCUUCUGCUAUAGACAGGACCCCUGCCCAUGGCUUCUGCUGCAGACAGGACCCCUGCCCAUGGCUUCUGCUGUAGAGGGAACGGUUAAUCACUAUGGCGUAAUCACAACACAAAGUCAUUAGGACUGUUUGGCUUCACAUACACGCUUCAAUGCACACAUGCACAAGCACAAAAUCACACACACACACACACACACGCACACACACACACACACACACACAAACACUCACUCACUCUCUCUCUCACACACACACACACACACACACACACACACACACACACACACACACACACACACACACACACACACACACACACACACACACACACACACACACACACACACACACACUUACACUCACUCACUCACUCACUCACUCACUCACUCACUCUCUCUCUCUCACACACACACACACACACACACACACACACACUUACUGCCUGGUUUUACUCCUUCCCUGUUCUUUGCUGGAGCAUUUAGGCAGGAUUAGGUGACCAGCGCUGUAGGCAGGAUUAGGUGACCAGCGCUGCAGGCAGGAUUAGGUGACCAGCGCUGUAGGCAGGAUUAGGUGACCAGCGCUGUAGGCAGGAUUAGGUGACCAGCGCUGUAGGCAGGAUUAGGUGACCAGCGCUGCAGGCAGGAUUAGGUGACCAGCGCUGUAGGCAGGAUUAGGUGACCAGCGCUGUAGGUAGUUAAGUGGAUUUGUUCCACCAAGAACAGAGAGGUUCUGGUGCCUGGCUGUUGCAAUAGAAAGCAGCAUUCUACCAGUAAUUAGCUAGACCCAUUGGGCUCCGGUCCAAAGUAGUGCACUGUUAAUAGAAUAGGGGGGUCACAUGGGACAGAGCCACAGUGUGAAGGCAGGGAGAGUAACUGUUGUUAUUUCAAUGUAUCCGAGCUAUUUAAAGUAUUUAAUUAUUGAGAUGGAUCCCAAUGGUGGCCUUUUCUUUACGACAUUGAUAUUUAUCUGAGUUGAGAGAUUUGAAGUCUAAACCAUGAACCUCUCUCUUGCAGGCCCAAAAAGCUUGGAUUGAGAAGACGUUUCAGAAAAGAGAAUGCAUCCAAAUAUUUCCCAGCAAAGAACCCAACAGGUACCGUUCAUGCCACUGUUUUCACGGAACCCAACAGGUACCGUUCAUGCCACUGUUUUCACGGAACCCAACAGGUACCGUUCAUGCCACUGUUUUCACGGAACCCAACAGGUACCGUUCAUGCCACUGUUUUCACGGAACCCAACAGGUACCGUUCAUGCCACUGUUUUCACGGAACCCAACAGGUACCGUUCAUGCCACUGUUUUCACGGAACCCAACAGGUACCGUUCAUGCCACUGUUUUCACAGAACCCAACAGGUACCGUUCAUGCCACUGUUUUCACGGAACCCAACAGGUACCGUUCAUGCCACUGUUUUCACGGAACCCAACAGGUACCGUUCAUGCCACUGUUUUCACAGAACCCAACAGGUACCGUUCAUGCCACUGUUUUCACGGAACCCAACAGGUACCGUUCAUGCCACUGUUUUCACGGAACCCAACAGGUACCGUUCAUGCCACUGUUUUCACAGAACCCAACAGGUACCGUUCAUGCCACUGUUUUCACAGAACCCAACAGGUACCGUUCAUGCCACUGUUUUCACAGAACCCAACAGGUACCGUUCAUGCCACUAUUUUCACAGAACCCAACAGGUACCGUUCAUGCCACUGUUUUCACAGAACCCAACAGGUACCGUUCAUGCCACUGUUUUCACAGAACCCACUUUCCUUGCUCCUCACUGCUCUCAUAUGCUUCCAUGUUAAGCACCAGAUCAUCUGUUGAGGCUGAGAGAGUGCUUUCACUGACCCAGUUUAAAAAAAAAAAACUCUGUGUUUUUAGAGUGCUGGAUAACGUAGUGUACGUCCCAAAUGGCACCCUAUUCCAUACAUAGUGCCCUGCCCUAUUGGGCUCUGGUCAAAAGUAGCGCACUAUAAAGGGAACGUGGUGCUAUUUGGGACGUGGGCUUAAUGAAUUCUCCACUCGUACAGAAACGCUCUCAGUAAGAAAUUGGAUCAACAACAACCGGCCAUUACGUGGCCCAAAUCCCUUACGAUGGUGGUGAUUUUUGUGGCUCUUAACGUGACAGCCCCCCUCAGCUAUCUCUGAGCAAACAGAGAUGCAACUGAAAUUGGACAGCACACAACAGCUAACAGCUGUUAGUACCGCGGUGAAGUAGCUCGAUGCUGCGUUGUGAAAGCAAUACUAGCCAUCUUUCAUAGCUAUUUACAUGAUUUGUCUGUUUUUUGUCUUUCAACAUUCCGUCACGGCACGCUUCUAUUAACACUUUAUAAACCAACAUGUAGAAAGCAUUAUGAAGUGGUUAUAAUGCAUUAUAACGCCCGCAGUAAGCAUGUAUAACCCCUUCUAUGUCCUCCCUUUCUACCUCCAGGUGCAGUUGUGGUCAGGUAGUGAACCAGCAUGUGGCUAUCAUCCCGGGAGCGACCACCAGGGCGGCGGAAGAGGCAGGUCAGAUCGCGCAGGUGGCAGCGCCCAAGGAACGCUGGUCCGUGCUUAAACACACACAGGCCACGCCCACAGACGCAUACGGCAUCAUGGAGCUCCAGGGAGGAGGACAUGUCAACAAGGCCAUGGUUACGUAACAUUCUCUUUCUCUCUCUCUCCUUUUCCUCUCCUCCUCAAUCAUUCCUUCUCUCUCUCCUUUUCCUCUCCUCCUCAAUCAUUCCUUCUCUCUCUCCUUUUCCUCUCCUCCUCAAUCAUUCCUUGUCUCUCUCAUCUCUCCUCAACAUAAACAAUAGUUUAAAUAAAAUAUGUCCUCAUAAACCAUGAAGACAUGAACCAUGAAGACGUGAAAACAUGAACCAUGAAGACAUGAACCAUGAAGACGUGAAGACAUGAACCAUGAAGACGUGAAAACAUGAACCAUGAAGACAUGAAGACAUGAACCAUGAACCAUGAAGACAUGAAGACAUGAACCAUGAAGACAUGAAGACAUGAAGACAUGAACCAUGAAGACAUGAAGACAUGAAGACAUGAAGACAUGAACCAUGAAGACAUGAACCAUGAAGACAUGAACCAUGAAGACAUGAAGACAUGAAGACAUGAAGACAUGAAGACAUGAAGACAUGAAGACAUGAACCAUGAAGACAUGAACCAUAAAGACAUGAAGACAUGAACCAUGAAGACAUGAAGAAUGAAGACAUGAAGACAUGAACCAUGAAGACAUGAAGACAUGAACCAUGAAGACAUGAACCAUGAAGACAUGAACCAUGAAGACAUGAACCAUGAAGACAUAAAGACAUGAACCAUGAACAUGAACCAUGAAGACAUGAACCAUGAAGAGAUGAACCAUGAAGACAUGAACCAUGAAGACAUGAACCAUGAAGACAUAAAGACAUGAACCAUGAAGACAUGAAGACAUGAACCAUGAAGACAUGAAGACAUGAACCAUGAACAUGAACCAUGAAGACAUGAACCAUGAAGACAUGAACCAUGAAGACAUGAACCAUGAAGACAUGAACCAUGAAGACAUGAACCAUGCCACCAUCAUCUAUGUCUCUAGACUGUUUGUUUGUUCCCUCUCUCUCUCCAUCUCUCCCCUACAGUACAUCCAUGUGGCGUUUCUAUUAAAUAUCCUCUCUCUCUCUCAAUUCAAUUUCAAUUCAAUUUAAGGGCUUUAUCGGCAUGGGAAACGUGUGUUAACAUUGCCAAAGCAAGUGAAGUAGAUAGUAAACAAAAGUGAAAUAAACAAUAAAUAUUAACAGUAAACUCUCUCUCUCUCUCUCUCUCUCUCUCUCCAUCUCUCUUUCUCUCCAUCUCUCCCCCUCAGUACAUCCGUGUGGCGUACGACUCCAAGCCAGACAACCUGCUCCACAUGAUGGUGAAAGACUGGCAGCUGGAUCUCCCCACCCUGCUCAUCUCUGUCCACGGGGGGCUGCAGAACUUUGACCUGCAGCCCAAACUAAAACAGGUGUUUGGAAAGGGUCUGAUCCAGGCUGCAGUCACCACCGGAGCAUGGAUACUCACUGGCGGAGUCAGCACUGGUACGUACUGUAGUUGUUAACAAUGUGUUACAUUCACUGAAAUGGUCACUGUGGUAUCUAUAAAACAACAUUAAUGUAGGCAAGUCCCUAAAUCUUGAGUCCAAGUCGAGUACCAAGUCCCUAGUGUUCAAGUCUGAGUCCAAGUCCCUAGUGUUCAAGUCUGAGUCCAAGUCCCUAGUGUUCAAGUCUGAGUCCAAGUCCCUAGUGUUCAAGUCUGAGUCCAAGUCCCUAGUGUUCAAGUCUGAGUCCAAGUCCCUGGUGUUCAAGUAUAGUCCAAGUCCCUAGUGUUCAAGUCUGAGUCCAAGUCCCUAGUGUUCAAGUCUGAGUCCAAGUCCCUAGUGUUCAAGUCUGAGUCCAAGUCCCUAGUGUUCAAGUCUGAGUCCAAGUCCCUAGUGUUCAAGUCUGAGUCCAAGUCCAAAUCCAUUCUACUAAAUGUCUGAAUGGAGUCCACGUCCCUUAUUGGUGCUAAACGGGCUCCAUGUGUAUCCUAGGAGUGAUCCGGCAUGUUGGAGAUGCGUUGAAGGACCACUCCUCUAAGUCCAGAGGGAAAGUAUGUGCCAUCGGGAUCGCUCCAUGGGGCAUCGUGGAGAACAGGGAGGAUCUGAUAGGAAGAGAUGUAAGUCACAGAGAACUGCACCUUGUUCAUUUAAAUUCAAUUCAACUGAACUGAACUCCUCACCUCAACGCAACUCCUCAACUCAACUCGACUCGACUCCUCAACUCGACUCGACUCAACUCCUCAACUCACCUCACCUCAACGCAACUCCUCAACUCGACUCGACUCAACUCCUCAACUCAACUCCUCAACUCACCUCAACUCAACUCCUCAACUCAACUCACCUCAACUCAACUCCUCAACUCAACUCCUCAACUCACCUCAACUCAACUCCUCAACUCGACUCCUCAACUCGACUCGACUCGACUCCUCACCUCCACCCAGAUGACUGUGCUGUGACAUGUUAACACGUGUUAUGAUAUGUCUCCCUCCCAGGUGACUCGUCCGUACCAGACCAUGUCCAACCCCAUGUCCAAGCUGUCUGUCCUCAACAACAGCCACUCCCACUUCAUCCUAGCAGAUAACGGGACCCACGGAAAGUACGGAGCAGAGGUCCGCCUCCGCCGUCAGCUGGAGAAACACAUCUCCCUGCAGAAGAUCAACACACGUAAGUCUGACAGAUCGGGGGGGAUCGUCUGUGCGACACGAGGCAGUGGAAGCCCGCUGAGCUAAAGCCCAAGGCAUUCGCUCAGGGAGCUAACUAACACAAGUCUUCGGGUCUCGGGCGAGAACAAUUUCUUAUUUACCAUGACCAUCUAAUGUGAAUGCUAAUGUUGGUACUGUACACGGUGUUAGUGUCUUGGAUACAGCAUAUACACCCUCAUGUUGUCAUAGCGCAGGCUUCUUCAGGUGUGUUGUUCAGAGAGAGAGAGAGAGAGAGCCUGUCCUGCCCUGCUGUACCCUGAGGAGCAGCUGAUAUCUGUGACCUGUGGGUCAGAGAGAGAGAGCCUGUCCUGCCCCGCUGUACCCUGAGGAGCAGCUGAUAUCUGUGACCUGUGGGUCAGAGAGAGAGAGCCUGUCCUGCCCUGCUGUACCCUGAGGAGCAGCUGAUCUCUGUGACCUGUGGGUUUCCCUUUGUCAUCCUAUGCCUGGAGCUCAUGAUAAGGCAGGGACAGCAAAGGGAUGCUCAGCUGUCACCUCUGUCUUCAACUACACUGACAUUAAUACUGUGGGGCCCACAUGCUAGCUGCAGGCAGCACUGCUGUGUCUGAGGCCUACCAACAUGAAUAGCAACGAAUUAGUAGGCAUUUUGAAAGUAUUCAAGGUUCAAGUUUAUUGCCAUUUAAAAAACAAAAACAAACAAAAAGGUCUUUAUCGUCAUCUAACAUGUUGUUGUGUCUGUCUCUGCCAGGUCAGGGGUCAGGGGUCAUGUUGUUGUGUCUGUCUCUGCCAGGUCAGGGGGUCAGGGGUCAUGUUGUUGUGUCUGUCUCUGCCAGGUCAGGGGGGUCAGGGGUCAUGUUGUUGUGUCUGUCUCUGCCAGGUCAGGGGGUCAGGGGUCAUGUUGUUGUGUCUGUCUCUGCCAGGUCAGGGGGUCAGGGGUCAUGUUGUUGUGUCUGUCUCUGCCAGGUCAGGGGUCAGGGUUUGCCAGGUCAGGGGUCAGGGGUCAUGUUGUUGUGUCUGUCUCUGCCAGGUCAGGGGUCAGGGGUCAUGUUGUUGUGUCUGUCUCUGCCAGGUCAGGGGUCAGGGGUCAUGUUGUUGUGUCUGUCUCUGCCAGGUCAGGGGGUCAGGGGUCAUGUUGUUGUGUCUGUCUCUGCCAGGUCAGGGGUCAGGGGUCAUGUUGUUGUGUCUGUCUCUGCCAGGUCUGGGCCAGGGGGUACCUCUGGUCUGUCUGAUCCUGGAGGGGGGUCCCAACGUCAUCUCCAUAGUCCUGGAGAGCCUGAGGGAAGACCCCCCUGUCCCGGUGGUGGUCUGUGAUGGCAGUGGAAGGGCCUCUGACAUCAUCUCUUUCGCACACAGAUACUCCGAGGACGACGGGUGAGAAACAGACCUGGGUCAAAUACAUGUAAAAAAUGAUAUGUUUGAUACAUAUCAAAUAUAUGUCAGAUAUAUGUCAAAUAUAUGUCAAAUACAUGUCAGAUACAUGUCAGAUACAUACAGUAAAUAGGACUGGGUGAGAAAAAGUACUAGAACAGGUCUGUGUUCUAAUAUCCACACUAGCAGAAACAGACUAUGGUCAAAUACUUUCACAUACUUGAUCUGUGCUUGAUUUAGUUUACCGGUACAAUGGAACCAAUUGGAUAACACUAAGUGUGAACUCCAAGCUAAAGCACAUCAAAAAAAUACCUUCGAAUGGAAGACUUCAGAGGUACAUUUUGUAAAUAGAAAAUAAAUAAAGUUUAGAGCAUUUUCUAACCCUAAAGAGUAGACUGGUAGACGUGGUUUUAUACCGUCUCUCUGUCUCCCCUCAGGUUGGUGAGUGAUAACGUGAAGGACCAGCUCCUGGUCACCAUACAGAAGACGUUCAACUACAACCGCGGUCAGGCCCAGCAGAUCUUCCUCAUGGUGAUGGAAUGCAUGAAGAAACGAUCUCUGGUGAGUAGGGAAGACAUUUAUUAUUCAGGCUAUGUUCCCCGUAUAUCACAAGUGACGGUUUUAGUAUCUAGACAAUUUGGUGGUUAAAAUGUAAUUUUCGAAGCCUUGCUUACAUUUUAGAAACACUUUACCACGUAAGUAAAACCUAAUGUAUUCAAAUGUAUUCAACAUUAAAGAUUAUAAUUUGUGAUGAAAGUAAAGUGACAUUUGAAUAAUUGUAUUGUUUUUAUGUUAUUUGAUGCAUCAAUAAAACUGUCCCAAUCAUUUGUGUCGUCCUGCAUUUUCAUUCAUGUGUCAUGUGUCCAAUCAUUUGACCCUGUACAUUAAAUAAGUAAACACAUCCAAUAUCCAUCAUCAUUGAAGAGUGUCUCCAUAAACUAUAGUUGAAGAAUAUGUCCUCAUAAACAACGAUAACAUGAACUACAUCUUCUUCAACUACACCACCAUCAUCCCUGUCUCACAUCUUCUUCAACUACACCACCCUCAUCCCUCCCAUCCUAACAUCCUGUUGAUGUAUCUGACCUCCCAUCCUGUUGAUGAAUCUGACCUCCCAUCCUGUUGAUGUAUCUGACCUCCCAUCCUGUUGAUGAAUCUGACCUCCCAUCCUAACAUCCUGUUGAUGUAUCUGACCUCCCAUCUACUCGUUGAUGUAUCUGACCUCCUCCAUCCUGUUGAUGUAUCUGACCUCCCAUCCUAACAUCCUGUUGAUGUAUCUGACCUCCCAUCCUAACAUCCUGUUGAUGUAUCUGACCUCCCAUCCUAACAUCCUGUUGAUGAAUCUGACCUCCCAUCCUGUUGAUGAAUCUGACCUCCCAUCCUAACAUCCUGUUGAUGUAUCUGACCUCCCAUCCUAACAUCCUGUUGAUGUAUCUGACCUCCCAUCCUGUUGAUGUAUCUGACCUCCCAUCCUGUUGAUGUAUCUGACCUCCCAUCCUGUUGAUGUAUCUGACCUCCCAUCCUAACAUCCUGUUGAUGAAUCUGACCUCCCAUCCUGUUGAUGUAUCUGACCUCCCAUCCUAACAUCCUGUUGAUGUAUCUGACCUCCCAUCCUGUUGAUGUAUCUGACCUCCCAUCCUAACAUCCUGUUGAUGUAUCUGACCUCCCAUCCUAACAUCCUGUUGAUGUAUCUGACCUCCCAUCCUGUUGAUGUAUCUGACCUCCCAUCCUAACAUCCUGUUGAUGUAUCUGACCUCCCAUCCUAACAUCCUGUUGAUGUAUCUGACCUCCCAUCCUAACGAUGUAUCUGACCUCCCAUCCUAACGAUGUAUCUGACCUCCCAUCCUAACAUCCUGUUGAUGUAUCUGACCUCCCAUCCUCCCAUCCUGUUGAUGUAUCUGACCUCCCAUCCUAACGAUGUAUCUGACCUCCCAUCCUACGAUGUAUCUGACCUCCCAUCCUAUGAUGUAUCUGACCUCCCAUCCUAACAUCCUGUUGAUGUAUCUGACCUCCCAUCCUAACCGUGAUGUAUCUGACCUCCCAUCCUGUGAUGUAUCUGACCUCCCAUCCUAACAUCCUGUUGAUGUAUCUGACCUCCCAUCCUGUUGAUGUAUCUGACCUCCCAUCGUUGAUGUAUGACCCCAUCCUGUUGAUGUAUCUGACCUCCCAUCCUGUUGAUGUAUCUGACCUCCCAUCCUGUUGAUGUAUCUGACCUCCCAUCCUGUUGAUGUAUCUGACCUCCCAUCCUGUUGAUGUAUCUGACCUCCCAUCCUGUUGAUGUAUCUGACCUCCCAUCCUGUUGAUGUAUCUGACCUCCCAUCCUAACAUCCUGUUGAUGUAUCUGACCUCCCAUCCUGUUGAUGUAUCUGACCUCCCAUCCUGUUGAUGUAUCUGACCUCCCAUCCUGUUGAUGUAUCUGACCUCCCAUCCUGUUGAUGUAUCUGACCUCCCAUCCUGUUGAUGUAUCUGACCUCCCAUCCUGUUGAUGUAUCUGACCUCCCAUCCUGUUGAUGUAUCUGACCUCCCAUCCUGUUGAUGUAUCUGACCUCCCAUCCUAACAUCCUGUUGAUGUAUGACAGCAGUAUCUAGCCAGGUAUUGGCACAUAGAAUAAUACUGACAGCUGAAAGGGGAUUGGCCAUUGUUCUGCCCACCACUAUGUCUGAAUCAUCUGCACUAGUAUUAGCCAACAGCUGGAAGCCAGCCAGCCACAAGUCCCUGCCUACCUAACGCUACAUCGGUUAACAUUCAUACUGUGGACUAGGCCCCUUUCAUUAAUCAAUCUAUCAAUUUCACUGAGUCUGAAUGACAGUCCAUUACAUUACAGUAUAUAACAGUCUGAAUGACAGUCCAUUACAUUACAUUAUAUAACAGUCUGAAUGACAGUCCAUUACAUUACAUAACAGUCUGAAUGACAGUCCAUUACAGUAUAUAACAGUCUGAAUGACAGUCCAUUACAUUACAUAACAGUCUGAAUGACAGUCCAUAACAGUCUGAAUGACAGCCGGAUUACCAGUCCAUUAAGUAUAUACCAGUUCUGAAUGACAGUCCAUUACAGUUCAUAACAGUUGAAUGACAUUUACAAUUUACAUUUUAGGUCAUUUAGCAGACGCUCUUAUCCAAGAGCGAACUUACAGUGGCCAUUAGGGUUAAGUGCCUUGCUUAAGGGGCACAUCGACAGAUUUUUCACCUAGUCGGCUCGGGGAUUAGAACCAGCGACCUUUCGGUUACUGGCACAAGGCUCUUACCCACUAAGCUACCUGCCGCCUUAUACUGACAGUAUAUAGAUUCAUAUCUAGACUGGGGGAUGCAUGGGAAGUUAGUCUGUUUUAUAAGGCAGAUACAGCUAGAUGUCAUGGAGAUGGAUGGUUCAGAUUGUUACACUACAAACAGAGAAUUGUAACCACGGAGGCCUGGGUCAUGUAGCUAUCACGAGGGCCUGGUGGUGGAGCUAUCCCGAGGGCCUGGUGGGUGGAGCAAUCCUGAUGUUCAGAAGGUGCUUUGUGUUACGAUUGUGGUGCAGGAAAUCACGCGGCAGGGACGCAGAAGCUCAGUCCAACAGACUUUAGUGAUCCAACACUCCAACCGAUCCAAAAGAGCCUUAAGGCAAGCGAUUCGCCACACAGGCGUAAACCACACAUGAAAAAUAAAUAACGCGCACAACAAGUGCGAAAAACCUCUCCAACACAGAGGAAGGAACGAAGCCACAGUCUAGUAAGACAGUAAGAAGCAAUCACACAUGCCAUUAUGACUAACAAACGGAGGAACUUAUAGGAACACCUUAAUGAACGCAACGAUAACAGGGGUACAACAUAAAGACAAAACCAAACGAACAUCGAAAACAUACAACGGUGGCAGCUAGGUACUCCGGGGCCGACGACCGCCGAAGCCUGCCCGAGCAGGAAGAGAGGCAGGCCUCGGCAACCGGACACCUGAGGGGCCUGGUGGUGGGAUAUCCCGGAGGGCCUGGUGGUGGGCUAUCACGAGGGCUGGUGGGUGGAGCUAUCACGAGGGCCUGGUGGUGGAGCUAUCACGAGGGCCUGGUGGUGGAGCUAUCACGAGGGCCUGGUGGUGGAGCUAUCCUGAGGGCCUGGUGGUGGAGCUAUCACGAGGGCCUGGUGGUGGAGCUAUCACGAGGGGCCAGCCAUGGAGCUGCAACACGUAGCUCAUUAUCAGUGAAUCUUUGGAUUGGUUCAGUUCUGAAAAGUUUCAACAGACAUAAUUGUGUUAUUAGCAGUGCAUUCCUUGCUGGCAUGUGACAGGCCUGCAGUCUUAUUGCAUUUGGGAUGGUCUGGGCAACAACAAGGAUGAUACUGUCAUCUUAUUAGGAGGUUGUUAACCCUGAAGUGCUUGUUAUGUUCUGCAGGGUGUCCCAUGGUUUAUAAAGACAGUGCCUGUUGUUAACUCUAAAGGGCUUGGUACACUACAUGACCAAAAGUAUGUGGACACCUGCUCGUCCAACAUCUCAUUCCAAAAUCAUGGGCAUUAACAUGGAGUUGGUCCCCCAUUUGCUGCUAUAACAGCUUCCACUCGAUGUUGGAACAUUGCUGCAGGGAUUUAUUUCCAUUCAGGCCACAAGAGCAUUAGUGAGGUCAGGCACUGAUUUUGGCCGAUGAGGCCUGGCUCGCAGUCGGCGGUCCAAUUCAUCCCAAAGGUGUUCGAUGGGGUUGAGGUCAGGGCUUUGUGCUGGCCAGUCAAGUUCUUCCACACCGAUCUCGACAAACCAUUUCUGUAUGGACUUCGCUUCAUGCAUGGGGGCAUUGUCAUGCUGAAACAGGAAAGGGCCUUCCCAAACUGUUGCCACAAAGUUGGAAGCACAAAAUCUUCUAGAAUGUCAUUGUAUGCUGUAGCGUUAAGAUUUCCCUUCACUGGAACUAAGGGGCCUAGCCCGAACCAUGAAAAACAGCCCCAGACCAUUAUUCCUCCUCCACCGAACUUUACAGUUGGCACUAUGCAUUCGGGCAGGUAGCGUUCUCCUGGCAUCUGCCAAACCCAGAUUCGUCCGUUUGAAUGCCAGAUGGUGAAGCGUGAUUCAUCACUCCAUAGAACGCGUUUCCACUGCUCCAGAGUCCAAUGGCGGCGAGCUUUACACCACUCCAGCUGAUGCUAGGCAUUGCGCAUGGUGAUCUUAGGCUUGUGUGCGGCUGCUCGGCCAUGGGAACCCAUUUCAUGAAGCUCCCGACAAAUAGUUAUUGUGUUGACAUUGCUUCCAGAGGCAGUUUGGAACUUGGUAGUGAGUGUUGCAACCGAGGGCAGAAGAUUUUUACGCUCCACGCGCUUCAGCACUCGGUGGUUCCGUUCUGUGAUCUUGUGUGGCCUACCACUUCGCGGCUGAGCCGUUGUUGCUCCUAGACAUUUCCACUUCACAAUAACAGCACUUACAGUUGACCGGGGCAGCUCUAGUAGGGCAGACAUUUUAAUUAUUAAUUAUUACUAAUGAUUAUUAUUUAAUUAUUAUUAUUUAUUAUUAUUAUAAUAUUAUUAUAUUAUAAAUUUGACGAACUGACUUUUUGGAAAGGUGGCAUCCUAUGACGGUGCCACGUUGAAGGUCACUGAGCCCUUCAGUAAGGCCAUUCUACUGCCAAUGUUUGUCUAUGGAGACUGCAUGGCUGUGUGCUCGAUUUUAUACACCUGUCAGCAACGGGUGUGGCUGAAAUAGCCGAAUCCACUCAUUUGAAGGGGUGUCCACAUUACUUUUGUAUAUAUAGUGUUUAUAUGCACUGCAGGGCGUGUCCCUGGUUUAUAAGGAAACUUCCUGUUAUUCAGAGACACAAUUCACAAUGAGAGGCUGCUGACUUUACUUAACAUUCACAUGCUCAUGCACACACACACACACACACACACACACACACACACACACACACACACACACACACACACACACACACACACACACACACACACACACACACACACACACACACACACACACACACACACACACACACACAUUACACACACACACACACACACACACACAUUACACACACCACACACACACACACACACACACACACACACACACACACACACACACACACACACACACACACACACACACACACACACACACACACACACACACACACAUUACACACACACACACACACACACACACACACACACACACACACACACACACACACACACACACACACACACACACUGCUGACUGUCUCCCCAACAUGAGUUGUAAACACGCUCCCCAGUAAUACCAUUAAAGGCCCACUCCUUAAUUUAACAUAGAAGAAAUGCCUGAAGAGAUGUGCCAUAUGUCCUCAAAACAAAUUCGCUAUCAUUAAUUGAGCGUUUGUUGUCACAUGAUACAAGAGAUAAAAAAAACAGAGCCGUGUUCGGAAGAAGGCAAAAAAAAAAUCAAAGUACAGUGUGGGCUUUUCAAGGCCCCUCCAAAACUACACACUCCAAAGUAUACACUUAAAAAAAAGUAUGCACUGAUUCCCCUGAAAAGAGAGUUGACCGUUGACCCUUACAAGCGUCUCUGUGUUUUUGUUGUUUCAUGGAGCUGCAGAUCACUGUGUUCCGUAUGGGCGCAGAGGGACCGCGGGACAUAGAGAUGGCCAUACUGACGGCCUUGCUCAAAGGUAACCUGGGAAGGACCGAUUUUUAACCUCACUCUUUAACAGCACUGUCUUUGCAAAUAGAGGCUAUUUCUCACGUAGGGCUGGGACUGAAUGAAACAUUUGAUUGAAUCCCCAUAGCCUUUAGAAGAGCUGUGAAACAACAAAGCCUUGUUGGUGUUUUUGAUUGCAGGCACCAACGCCUCCGCCCCCGACCAGCUAAGUUUAGCCCUGGCCUGGAACAGAGUGGACAUCGCUAGGAGCCAGAUCUUCGUCUACGGUCACCACUGGCCCAUGAGCGGCAGCGUGAGUGGAUCCACAACUUGGGAAAACACGUGGAAACACAAUUUGUAAUGAAAACAUCCCCGUGAUCUUACGUCUUACAGGGCCCUGGUUCAGAGUUCAGAUGAGCGCGCGUGCAACCUUGACCUUUCACGUAAAUCAACUCGUUGACAUCAAUGUGGGUUAGAAUAUAUCGUUGCAGAAUACGGCUUAAAUCAUCAAGUCAGAAAACUGCCCAUAUUCCAAAGGAAGUAUUUUUACCUGUCCCAAAUGGCAUCCUAUUCUCUACACAGUGCACUACUUGUGUCCAGAGCCCUGUGGGACUUGGUCAAAUCUAGUGCACAAUAUAGGGAAUAGGGUGCCAUUUGGGACACAGACGGAAACGCUAACCAACAGUAAAGGUGAGACAGCAACAACCAUUUCAGGGACUGUAACAGACGGAAACUCUAACCAACAGUAAUGGUGAGACAGCAACAACCAUUUCAGGUACUGUAACAGCUCCGUGUACACCGGGUCAACAAGGUCUUUCCUCCUCCCUGUGUUACCUCCCAGGCGGCCAACACCACAGCAUCCCAGGAUAAGCCUAAGAGCCCGGUCCCAGCCCGCGGUGGAGGAGGCGGGGCACGGAAGGGGAAGGCUAGGGUCAACAAGGUCAAAGGGGGCAGGGCCAAACCUGAACCUCCGGAGGAGACGGACCCCAGGAAGCUGGAGCUACGCAACUGGGUGAAUAAAUAGCCAGUAUUGAUUGUUGAUCGGCAUUCAUACAAUACACUAUAUUCAACCCUCAAACGUAUCAAUACACAAUCCAUUUAAUCUGAAGCAGUUAUGUAGAGGGUCAUACAAGUCAACUAUUUUAUGUCAUGUUUUAAUGGUUCAUGAGGACUUAUUCUUCCUGAACCAUGGUGUCAGGGUUUAUCCACGUUUCAUUACCAUUACAUCCCUGAUCUAUAAGGUGUUUUAUAUAUAUUUACACACUUUGAGGUCGGAAUAAUACUGUGAAAUUUAGGAAAUUAUGAUAAUGCACUUUUAGUGUAAGAGCUGUUUGAAAAGGCCGCCUGAAAAUUCAGUCUGUUUUGGUGUGAUGGAGUUUUGGCCUGCCUGGUGACAUCAUCAGGCGGUAAAUGAGUUCAUAGACCAAUAAGAAAGAGAGUUCCAAACCUCUCUGCCAAUAACAGCUAGUUUUCAGUUUUCCCCUCCCUACUCAGACCACUCCCAGACAGUCCUUGCAAAAUUAUUGCUUGAGAAAUUGCUCUUUGCUAAGAAGCUACAUUAGUUUAUUUUUGAUCAUUUUAAUUUACAGUUUUUCUCCAUUGGUUUGGCUCAUUUCUUGAAACAGAAAUUACAUUCUCAAAACUCUAAGAUCAUUUGGCAAAACAGUCUUACAGUUCAGCACAACACUAUAGCUCACUUGCAAAAGCUCAUAUCUCUCCUAAAACUGUUCACUCAUGCUUCAAAACUAAAUUCCUUUCCCAUAUAAGGAGUCAGUGCCACGAAAAUGGCAAAGAUCCUUCUCAAUUGCUUUGGCUCAUUUCUUGAAACAGACCGGACGUUCUCAACACUCUUGGUGCUUUAGCCAAAAUAACGUGGAUGGUUCGGCACAACACCAUGGUUCACCUGCAAAAGCUCAUACCUCUCCCAAAACAGUUCACGCAUGUGUCAAAACUAAAUUUCCUUCUCAUUUAAACAGUCAGUGCCCCCAAAAUGCUUCGUCCCUUUGGCAUUGUGUAAGCACUGCAAGUCAAAAUGUUUAGAUGUUUUGUCACUAUGGCAGAGGACCAUUGAAAUAUCCCUCAUGUCCACCUUUCAGUCUUAGCCCAGUCCUUCAUUGACAAUGGUUACUGUACUGUUUUUUGUCUAGCUAACAGAAUACAAUUGUGUAUAAAACUGAAAAAAAUAAAUAGGAUUUUAGGGUAAGAGUAGCCUCCAAGGUUUGACAUCACACAUUGCACUCAUACUGCCAAGGAAAUUGUAACCAUUAUCAUUCACACACAUAAAGUAACUUCCAUACAUCAGAGUAAAAAGAAAAUGUAUACAGCAUAAUAUACUGUAAUAUAAACACACAAACAAAAAACAAUGAAAAUUAUAUGCAGCCUACAGUGCUGUAAAUAAAGCUGGAGUUUCACAACUAACAGUUCUUCACUGGUCGCUGUCCUCACCCUCCUGGCCAUCCACACGCUGCUGUCUGUCUGGCCACAGAUUCUCGUCCACAUCACAGCGUAUAUUCUCCCUUGCGAUGCAACGAGGGAAGAAACGGCGUGCAUGUCGCAACCAUCCCCUACACUGAUCUCCUGUAAUAUCCUCACACGCAGCGUCCAUUGCAUGGAGCAGGGACCUCUGAUCUUGAGCCCGAUGCUCAUACACUCUCCACCUCCAAGCGGAGAAAUACUCCUCAAUAGGAUUGAGGAAAGGAGAGUAAGGUGGUAGGAACACCAUGACCAUCCUUGGAUGAGUAGUGAACCAGGCCCUGAUGAGCGGGCCACGGUGGAAAUUCACAUUGUCCCAUACAAUGACAUAUUGUGGUAGGUGAGGCCCUACGAGACCGCUCUCAUUUUCAGGGAUCAAAUCAACAUGAAGGCGGUCCAAGAAGAUGAGGAGCUUCUGUGUAUUGUAUGGGCCAAGACUGGGGAUGUGAGUGGCCACAUCAUUCUCCGAUAUGGCAGCACACAUAGUUAUAUUGCCCCCUCGCUGGCCUGGGACAUCCACCAUGGCCCGGUGGCCAAUAAUAUUACGGCCACGUCUUCGGCCCUUGGCCAGGUUGAAGCCAGCUUCAUCCACAAACACGAGGAUGUGAUGGGUCUCGUUUCCUUCCAAUGCCAUUAUUCUCUACAAUAGCGUAAAAAAAGAAAACAUCAAAUCAGUCAUACAGAAGAGUCAUACACUACAGUUACAGACAAUUACAUAGGAAUGUUCUAUGUUCUCCACAAGUUCAAUAUACUACUGGCCACUACUCCAGUGGUUCCAAACCUGGGGUACAUGUACCCCUAUGCAGAGGUACUACAGGGGGUAUUUGACAGAAAGGGGAGGGGGGAAAUCAUCAAUGACUAGACUUACUGAAAUGUUACAGUAAAACCCACAGUAUUAGAUAGAUUUACAUGGGAGGCACUAAUUGCAGCUCUUUGACCCCUUUUCUUAUUGUAUGUUAUAUUCUUCAAAAUAAGGAUUAUAAUGAUAAUUGCAUCAUACAGUAAGCUGCAGUUUUUAGGCGAAAUGUUGAAGUCAGAUAAAUCAAAUACUUCCAUACCUGGAUUACCUGGAUACACAAAUCAGGUAAAGUGGGUACUGAAGCCAAAAAAGUUUGGGAACCACUGCUUAAUUGUAAAAAUGUUAUAAUGAUGGACAACCAGUAACUGACUUACAUGUACAUACUGGUACCGCAGCUCUUUCACUCUAUCAGAGUUCCUCUCAAAUGGUACCCUGUAAAUUUGCUUCAUUGUCAUCUGAUGCUUCUUCAAUAUCCGGUCUAUUGUGGAGAUGCUUAUAGAGUUGACAUUUUGGAAUAUGGCAUUGUCUUGUAGGAUUGCAGCGCGGAUCUGUCUCAAUGUGAUGGCAUUAUUUGCCAUCACCAUGUUACAGAUCUCUUGUUCUUGUUGUUCAUUGAGAAGUUUUCCUCUGCCACCUGUGCAAGGUUGUCGUCCAAUCCUAGAUAUAGAAGUCAAAGGACAACACUCCAUUCGUAAUGUAUACCUUAUGUAUUCCUUACAGAAUGAGUUACCUAUGUAAUUGUAUUGUUGUUUUACUUACAGUAACUUUACCACAAUUCUAAUGCAUCACUGCACAGUGACUGGAAUACUACUGUAAACUGUAUCAUCAAUACUGUAGAAAAUAAACUAUUCCAUAGUUUAUUUUCUCCAAUGUUUUUCUUGUCAUUUUUAGUAUCAUAACAUCCCAUUGAGGUAAGAUAUUACUGUAGGCCUAUCACACACACACACUAAAUGAAUAGGUAAAUAUGUAAAUAAAUAUAUUUCUUGCUCUAUGCACAGUGUCCUGUCCUAUACAACAUAUAAUUCCAUCAUUGACUGACUACAUACCUGUUUUCCCUGCGAAAGGUUUGGAUGAUGGAGGAGACUGUUGAGCGAGGCACAUUAGGCUGCACUCGGCGACCUGCCUCCGCCAUUGUGAGGCCAUGGUUGAUGACAUGGUCUAUAAUUGUGGCCCGAAUUUCAUCCGGGACAGCAUGGUGUCUUCGUGCUCCUCGGCCUCUUCCCCCUAUUCCACCACCACGCACCCUUACUCCUCCUCCUCCUCUUCUUCUUCCUCUUCCUCGAGCAGGCAGUUGCCCUUGUUCAUUUACUUGGCCAGGUGCCUCCAUGUUCAGAAAUUGUACUGGUCCUGCAUGGUCAAGCUCUUUACAUACAUGUUUGGCAGCAUUCACAGUCAUGGACAGCACCUGUCAGGUAACUAAACAUACUGUUUGAUUGGUCAUCUGAGAUGUGUGAAACUCCUCCUUCGUUAGUCAAGUUCUAGUUUCACCUGACUGUCAAUUGCUGUAAUAAAUUUAUCAAAUGUUCCAAGGGAUUCAUAUAUGGUAUUCAUGGUAUUAUGUUCUUGACUAAUUUUGACAAUUGAACAGACUAUUGUGCAUGUGAUGACUUAUACAAUGAAAUGACGCUGACACGUUUUGGAGCGAACAACCAUUAGACUGAGAAUCAACAAUCAGUUUAGAUCAACAAGAUCUAUUCACUUGGAAAUUGUGCUAAAUGUAGGCUACCUGUACUUAAUCAUUUGCAAAGAUGUACUGAGACAUUGAGACAUGUACUUAGACAUUUGCAAUUUGAUGAAAUGAAUGAGAAAUUCAAUUCUGUUGUGAACAAUUGCCAAGUGGUUUGGAGGUUUGUCCAUGUAGUUUUGAGAAUGUAAUUUCUGUUUCAAGAAAUGAGCCAAACCAAUGGAGAAAAACUGUAAAACAAUCACAGAGAGUAACUUAAUUGUUACCCAGAAAUUAUUUGACAUUGAGAUAAAAACGUCUGCAUUGGACCUUUAACAUUCUGUAAUGUUGCACCCUCCGGAACAGGCCCCACUUGUCAGUGAUGGUCAUCCAUAGCCUUACUUUCUCCUCUACCGUCUUCCUGGUUCUUCCAAAACUGGAGGUGAACUCUCUGGAGCAGGCCAUGAUGGAUCCCCUGGUGCUGGACAGGGUUAUGGUUAAUGUGUCUCUCCACUGUAGGUGAACUCCCCCUGGAGCAGGCCAUGAUAGAUGCCCUGGUGCUGGACAGGGUUAUGGUUAAUGUGUGUCUCUCCACUGUAGGUGAACUCUCUGGAGCAGGCCAUGAUGGACGCCCUGGUGCUGGACAGGGUUAUGGUUAAUGUGUCUCUCCACUGUAGGUGAACUCUCUGGAGCAGGCCAUGAUGGACGCCCUGGUGCUGGACAGGGUUAUGGUUAAUGUGUCUCUCCACUGUAGGUGAACUCCCCCUGGAGCAGGCCAUGAUAGAUGCCCUGGUGCUGGACAGGGUUAUGGUUAAUGUGUCUCUCCACUGUAGGUGAACUCUCUGGAGCAGGCCAUGAUGGACGCCCUGGUGCUGGACAGGGUUAUGGUUAAUGUGUCUCUCCACUGUAGGUGAACUGUCUGGAGCAGGCCAUGAUGGACGCCCUGGUGCUGGACAGGGUUAUGGUUAAUGUGUCUCUCCACUGUAGGUGAACUCUCUGGAGCAGGCCAUGAUGGACGCCCUGGUGCUGGACAGGGUGGACUUCGUCAAGCUGCUGAUAGAGAACGGCGUCAACAUACACCACUUCCUCACCAUCACCCGUCUGGAGGAACUAUACAACACGGUAAGACAGAUGUAAUUUUUCCAACAAUUGUUUACAGACAGAUUAUUUCACUUAUAAUUCACUGUAUCACAAUUCCAGUGGGUCAGAAGUUUACAUACACUAAGUUGACUGUGCCUUUAAACAGCUUGGAAAAUUCCAGAAAAUGAUGUCAUGGCUUUAGAAGCUUCUGAUAGGCUAAUUGACACCAUUUGAGUCAAUUGGAGGUGUACCUGUGGAUGUAUUUCAAGGCCUACCUUCAAACUCAGUGCCUCCUUGCUUGACACCAUGGGAAAAUCAAAAGAAAUCAGCCAAUUAAUUGUAGACCUCCACAAGUCUGGUUCAUCUUUGGGAGCAAUUUCCAAACGCCUGAAGGUACCACGUUCAUCUGUACAAACAAUAGUACGCAAGUAUAAACCCCAUGGGACCACGCUGCUGUCAUACCGCUCAGGAAGGAGACGCGUUCUGUCUCCUAGAGAUGAAAGUACUUUGGUGAGAAAAGUGCAAAUCAAUCCCAGAACAACAGCAAAGGACCUUGUGAAGAUGCUGGAGGAAACAGGUACAAAAGUAUCUAUAUCCACAGUAAAACAAGUCCUAUAUUUUAUUUUUAUUUUAUUUUACCUUUAUGUAACUAGGCAAGUCAGUUAAGAACAAAUUCUUAUUUACAAUGACGGCCUACAUCGACAUAACCUGAAAGGCAGCUCAGCAAGGAAGAAGCCACUGCUCCAAAACCGCCAUAAAAAUGCCAGACUACGGUUUGCAAUGAUCGUACUUUUUGGAGAAAUGUCCUCUGGUCUGAUGAAACAAAAAUAGAACUGUUUGGCUAUAAUGACCAUCGUUAUGUUUGGAGGAAAAAGGGGGUCCCCUGCAACCCGAAGAACACCAUCCCAACCGUGAAGCACGGGGGUGGCAGCAUCAUGCUGUGGGGGUGCUUUGCUGCAGGAGGGAAUGGUGCACUUCACAAAAUAGAUGGCAUUAUGAGGAAGGAAAAUUAUGUGGAUAUAUUGAAGCAACAUCUCAAGACAUCAGUCAGGAAGUUAAAGCUUGGUCGCAAAUGGGUCUUCCAAAUGGACAAUGACCCCAAGCAAAGAAUCGAUACUUCUUAACAGGUUUGGGGUCAAUUCCGGAACUACUGGAAUUGAUUUAAAUUGACUUUGUCCCCAACCUUGCUUCUAAAUGCUAAAGCUGGAACAUUGCCUUUAAAAAUCAAUUGCGCUGUAAAGCUGAACAUCUACGAUGCUGAUUGAAUAGAGACCAGAGUGUUUAUUGUUUCUGUUUUUAAAAGUAUUUCAUUAUUUGUUUUCCUGUUUGUUUUUACAGAGGCUGGGCCCUACAAAUACACUCCACUUUGUAGUUAGAGAUGUUAAAAAGGUAACGUUUUCUUUGAUUAUUCAACCUUUAUUUUGACAGGGAGUCAAUGCUGUGUUUACAACGUCAAGCAACAAUAUAAAGGUGUAUUAACUGGUUUUAUAAAGGUGUUAUGACUGGUUUCAUAAAGGUGUUAUGACUGGUUUCAUAAAGGUGUUACGUAUACCCCUGAUAGUGAAGUGUUACCUAAUAUUUACCCCCCUAUAGUGAAGUGUUACCUAAUAUUUACCCCCCUAUAGUGAAGUGUUACCUAAUAUUUACCCCUGAUAGUGAAGUGUUACCUAAUAUUUACCCCCCUAUAGUGAAGUGUUACCUAAUAUUUACCCCCCUAUAGUAAAGUGUUACCUGAUAUUUACCCCUGAUAGUGAAGUGUUACCUAAUAUUUACCCCCUAUAGUAAAGUGUUACCUGAUAUUUACCCCCUAUAGUAAAGUGUUACCUAAUAUUUACCCCCCUAUAGUGAAGUGUUACCUAAUAUUUACCCCCCUAUAGUGAAGUGUUACCUAAUAUUUACCCCCCUAUAGUGAAGUGUUACCUAAUAUUUACCCCCCUAUAGUGAAGUGUUACCUAAUAUUUACCCCCUAUAGUGAAGUGUUACCUAAUAUUUACCCCCUAUAGUAAAGUGUUACCUGAUAUUUACCCCUGAUAGUGAAGUGUUACCUAAUAUUUACCCCCUAUAGUAAAGUGUUACCUGAUAUUUACCCCCUAUAGUAAAGUGUUACCUAAUAUUUACCCCCUAUAGUAAAGUGUUACCUGAUAUUUACCCCCUAUAGUAAAGUGUUACCUAAUAUUUACCCCCUAUAGUAAAGUGUUACCUAAUAUUUACCCCCUUAUAGUAAAGUGUUACCUGAUAUUUACCCCCUAUAGUGAAGUGUUACCUAAUAUUUACCCCCCUAUAGUAAAGUGUUACCUAAUAUUUACCCCCCUAUAGUAAAGUGUUACCUAAUAUUUACCCCCUAUAGUAAAGUGUUACCUAAUAUUUACCCCCCUAUAGUAAAAAGUGUUACCUAAUAUUUACCCCCUAUAGUAAAGUGUUACCUGAUAUUUACCCCCUAUAGUAAAGUGUUACCUAAUAUAUAGAGUAAUAAUAUUAGCCAUAACAUAGUAGCUGCAAUGUAAUAUAAAGCUAAAAACAGUAACAGUAUAAUGAUGAUGGUUGGUUGGUGUUUCAGGGAAAUCUUCCACCGGAUUACCAGAUCACCUUGAUCGAUAUCGGAUUGGUCCUGGAGUUCCUGAUGGGUGGGGCUUAUCGCUGCAACUACACCAGAAAGCAGUUCCGCACCCUCUACAACAACCUCUAUGGUGUUAAAAAGGGUGAGGAGAAAUCCACACUCUACAGAUAGGAAUAUAAUAUUACUAUUAUUACUUAUUAUUAUUAAUAUGCUCCCAUUUUUCAUCAGCUGAAAUAAAAGAUCCCAGAAAUGUUCCAGACGCACAGAAAAGCUUAUUUCUCUAACAUUAUGUGCACACAUUUCUUUACAUCCCUGUUAGUGAGCAUUUCUCCUUUGCCAAGAUAAUCCAUCCACCUGACAGCUGUGGCAUAUCAAGAAGCCGAUUAAACCCUAUGAUCAUUACACAGGUGCACCUUGUGCUGGGGACAAUAAAAGGGUCACUCUAAAAUGGGCAGUUUUGUCAAACAACACAAUGCCACAGAGUGUGCAAUUGGCAUGCUGACUGCAGGAAUGUCCACCAGAGCUCUUGCCAGAGAAUUGAAUGUUCAUUUCUCUACCAUAAGCCGCCUCCAAUGUCAUUUUAGAGAAUUUGGUGGUACGUCCAACCAGCCUCACAACCGCAGACCAUGUGUAACCACGCCAGCCCAGGACCUCCACAGCCGGCUUCUUCACCUGCGGGAUCGUCUGAGACCAGCCACCCAGACAGGUGAUGAAACUGUGGGUUUGCACAACCAAAGAAUUUCUGCACAAACUGUCAGAAACCGUCUCAGGGAAGCUCAUCUGCGUGCUCGUUGUCCUCACCAGGGUCUUGACCUGACUGCAGUUCGGCGUCAUAACCGACUUCAGUGGGCAAAUGCUCACCUUCGAUGGCCACUGGCACGCUAGAGAAGUGUGCUUUUCACAGAUGAAUCCCGGUUUCAACUGGCAGAUGUCAGACAGCGUGUAUGGCGUUGUGUGGACAAGCGGUUUGCUGAUGUCAAUGUUGUGAAUAGAGUACCCCGUGGUGGCGGUGGGGUUAUGGUAUGGGCAGGCGUAAGCUACGGACAACGAACACAAUUGAAUUUUAUCGAUGGCAAUUUGAAUGCACAGAGAUACUGUGACGAGAUCCUAAGGCUCAUUGUCGUGCCAUUCAUCCGCCACCAUCACCUCAUGUUUCAGCAUGAUAAUGUACUGCCCCAUUCACAAGGAGCUGUACACAAUUCCUGGAAGUUGAAAAUGUCCCAGUUCUUCCAUGGCCUGCACACUCACCAGACAUGUCAACCAUUGAGCAUGUUUGGGAUGCUCUGGAUCGACGUGUACAACAGCUUGUUCCAGUUCGCACAGCCAUUGAAGAGGAGUGUGACAACAUUUCACAGGCCAUAAUCAACAGCCUGAUCAACUCUAUGCGAAGGACAUGUGUCGCGCUGCAUGAGGCAAAUUAUGGUCACACCAGAUACUGACCAAUGCAUAUCUGUAUUCACAGUCAUGUGAAAUCCAUAGAUUAGGGCCUCAUUAAUUGACUGAUUUCCUUAAAUGAACUGUAACUCGCAUGCUGCAUUUAUAUUUUUGUUCAGCGUAAUAAUAACUGUAAUAAUAUAAUAUAAUAAUAUUAAUAUUAAUGAUAAUAUGAAUGCUAACGUUAAUCAUGCUAAUUCAUGCUGUCCCCUCCCUUGUUUUGAUUCACAGCCGAAAGCUCUAAAAAUGUUAGGACUGGAGGUGAGUCUCUCAUUUGUCUUUUAAAUUAGCACCAUUAUUCUAUUUAGCGGGAUUUCAUAUUUACACAUCCAUAUCAAUACAAUCACCACUUGAAUUCAUUUUCUGUGUACAAGGGGAGAAUCCUAAAUUCACUUAGUUUCCCAUUGGCAUCAAUGCAUGUCUAAGUACAAAUGUGACUGAAGUGAAGAGUGACGUUAAGAUUCGCCCUACACCACAAUACUUGAUAUUUGUAAUGUCCAUCUGAUUCCUACCAGGACGACGAACCACGAGGAAAGGGCAAGAGCAAAGGGAAGAAGAAGAAGAAGGAGGAAGAGACGGACAUUGAUGUGGACGACCCAGAGGUCUGCCGCUUCCAGUUCCCGUUCCAUGAGCUGAUGGUGUGGGCCGUCCUCAUGAAGCGCCAGAAGAUGGCGCUGUUCCUGUGGAAGCGGGGGGAAGAGGCCAUGGCCAAAGCUCUGGUGGCCUGUAAGCUGUACAAGGCCAUGGCCCACGAGUCGUCUCAGAGUGAUCUGGUGGACGACAUCUUCCAGGACCUGGAAAACAACUCCAAGUUAGUGAUUGACUAGCUAGCAGAAAGGUUUCAAUCUAACAGUGUCGGGGUCAAGUUAGUGAGGAAAUUCAGGAAGCAAACUCAAAUUCCAAAUAGGAAAAUUGGAAUUGUAAAUGGAAUUGACUCCAAACUUGGAAUAGUCCUUUAGGGUGCUGGCUUUUCUAUUCACAAUUCAACCCUCAGAAACUAAGCUUGUGUAUCCCUGGUCCAACCCAUUACUGUAUCAUUGUUCUGGUCCAACCCAUUACUGUAUCACUGUUCUGGUCCAACCCAUUACUGUAUCACUGUUCUGGUCCAACCCAUUACUGUAUCAUUGUUCUGGUCCAACCCAUUACUGUAUCACUGUUCUGGUCCAACCCAUUACUGUAUCAUUGUUCUGGUCCAACCCAUUACUGUAUCAUUGUACUGGUCCAACCCAUUAUUGUACUGUAUCAUUGUUCUGGUCCAACCCAUUACUGUAUCAUUGUUCUGGUCCAACCCAUUACUGUAUCAUUGUACCGGUCCAACCCAUUACUGUAUCACUGUACUGGUCCAACCCAUUACUGUAUAAUUGUUCUGGAUGUCUGCUGCUCUCUCUUGUUUCUUCUCUCAGUCUGUUUUUCUGUAAAGUACAUUGAGGCUUUUGUUAAAUGCACUUUAAAUAAAUAGUGAUUUGAUUUGAUACAUACACUACCAGUCAGAAGUUUGGACACACCUACUCAUUCAAGGGUUUUUCUUAAUUUUUUACUAUUUUCUACAUUGUAGAAUAAUAGUGAAGACAUCAAAACUAUGAAAUAACACAUAUGGAAUCAUGUAGUAACCAAUAAAGUGUUAAACAAAUCAAAAUAUAGAAAUUUGAGAUUCUUCAAAUUGCCACCCUUUUCCUUGAUGACAGCUUUGCACACUCUUGGCAUUCUCUCAACCAGCGUCACCUGGAAUGCUUUUCCAACAGUCUUGAAGGAGUUCCCACAUAUGCUGAGCACUUGUUGGCUGCUUUUCGUUCACUCUGCGGUCCGACUCAUCCCAAACCAUCUCAAUUGGGUUGAGGUCGAGGGAUUGUGGAGGUCAGGUCAUCUGAUGCAACACUCCAUCACUCUCCUUCUUGGUCAAUAGCCCUUACACAGCCUGGAGGUGUGUUGGGUAAUUGUCCUGUUGAAAAACAAAUGAUAGUCCCACUAAGCCCAAACCAGAUGGGAUGGCGUAUCACUGCAGAAUGCUGUGGUAGCCAUGCUUGUUAAGUGUGCCUUGAAUUCUAAAUAAAUCACAGCAAAGCACCCCCCACACCAUAACAACUCCUCCUCCAUGCUUUACGGUGGGAAAUAUACAUACAGAGAUCAUCCGUUCCCCCACACCGCGUCUCACAAAGACACGGCGGUUGGAACCAAAAAUCUCCAAUUUGGAGUCCAGACCAAAGGACACAUUUCCACCGGUCUAAUGUCCAUUGCUCGUGUUUCUUGGCCAAAGCAAAGUCUCUUCUUCUUAUUGGUGUCCUUUAGUAGUGGUUUCUUGCAGCAAUUCAACCAUGAAGGCCUGAUUCACACAGUCUCCUCUGAACAGUUGAUGUUGAGAUGUGUCUGUUACUUGAACUCUGUGAAGCAGUUAUUUGGGCUGCAAUUUCUGAGGCUGGUAACUCUAAUGAACUUAUCCUCUGCAGCAGAGGUAACUCUGGGUCUUCCAUUCCUGUGGCAGUCUUCAUGAGAGCCAGUUUCAUCAUAGCGCUUGAUGGUUUUUGCGACUGCACUUGAAGAAGCUUUCAAAGUUCUUGAAAUCUUCCGUAUUGACUGACCUUCAUGUCUUGAAGUAUUGCUUAUUUGAGCUGUUCUUGCCAUAAUAUGGACUUGGUCUUUUACCAAAUAAGGCUAUCUUCUGUAUACCCCCCCUACCUUAUCACAACACAACUGAUUGGCUCAAACGCAUUAAGAAGGAAAGAAAUUCCACAAAUUAACUUUUAAGAAGGCACACCUGUUAAUUGAAAUGCAUUCCAGGUGACUACCUCAUGAAGCUGGUUGAGAGAAUGCCAAGAGUGUGCAAAGCUGUCAUCAAGGCGAAGGUUGGCUACUUGAAGAAUCUCAAAUAUAAAAUAUAUUUUGAAUUGUUUAACACUUUUUUGAUUACUACAUGAUUCCACAUGUGUUAUUUCAUAGGUUUGAUGUAUUCACUAUUAUUCUGCAAUGUAAAAAAUAUUAAAAAUAAAGAAAAACCCUUGAAUGAGUAGGUGUGUCCAAACUUUUUACUGGUAGGGUCCCCUGUAGCUCAGUUGGUAGAGCAUGGCGCUUGCAACGCCAUGGUUGUGGGUUCGUUUCCCACGGGGGGCCAGUAUGAAAAUGUAUGCACUCACUAACUGUAAGUCGCUCUGGAUAAGAGCGUCUGCUAAAUGACUACAAUUUAAAAAUGUAAUGAAAACCACAACUGACCAUCUGAGCACAGCGUCUUCCUUCUUCCCUCCUCAGGGAGUUUGGCCAGCUGGCCUACGAGCUCCUGGACCAGUCCUAUAAGCACGUCUUCCUUCUUCCCUCCUCAGGGAGUUUGGCCAGCUGGCCUACGAGCUCCUGGACCAGUCCUAUAAGCACGUCUUCCUUCUUCCCUCCUCAGGGAGUUUGGCCAGCUGGCCUACGAGCUCCUGGACCAGUCCUAUAAGCACGACGAGCAGGUGGCCAUGAAGCUGCUGACGUACCAGCUGAAGAACUGGAGCAACUCCACCUGCCUGAAGCUGGCCGUAGCCGCCAAGCACAGAGACUUCAUCGCCCACACCUGCAGCCAGAUGCUGCUCUCUGACAUGUGGAUGGGACGUCUGAGAAUGGGCAAGAGUAACGGGUUCAAGGUGGGGUUAAAGUCCUGAACAUGGCCACGCCACAGCGGAGAGCCAGUCAACCCAUUUAACUCUGACUGUAUUCAUGACACAGCACUGCCUCCCGUGCCAUAUUGCUUUUAGAAAACUGUUUUCCAACAUACUAAAAUAACAAUGAAUUCCAUAUUUUCACAAAUGUUUUAUUUUGAAAAGUCAAUUCAUACAAUCUCAUUCUUCCACCAGAAGAUAUAGUCAAGACAAAAAAUCUGGUUGUUAGUUCUUUUGGUCCUGUUGCUACAGACGCCACCUAGUCGUUCAUUAUUUUUUGCAUAAUAGUUGCUAUGCAAAAGGACUGGUCGUCCGUUCUAAACAAAAUGGUUGCUAUGCAGGCUGGAUAAUGUUCUUGUCACUUGCUAGCUAGCUAGCCAACUUCAGCUAACUCAGUCACGUCAAACAUUGAACCUGGAAUCAAAUCAAAUGUUAUUUAUCAAAGGCACCGAAUACAACUUGUGUAGACUUUACAGUGAAAUGCUUGCUUACGAACCUUUCCCAAAGAUGCAGAAUUUAAAAAGUUAUAAUAAUAACAAAAUAAAAUAGUAACUAACACAAGAGGAAUAAAAUUAAAUACACAAGAAUGGAGCCAUCCAGGAGUACCUACAGAUCAGGGAGCUAUAUAGAAGUACCAGUACCAGAUCACUGUGGAGCUAAGGAGUACCAGUACAGAUCAAUGUGAGCAUAACGGCAGUACCAGAUCACUGUGGAGCUAUAUACAGGGAGUACCAGUACCAGAUCACUGUGGAGCUAUAUACAGGGAGUACCAGUACCAGAUCAAUGUGGAGCUAUAUACAGGAAGUACCAGUACCAGAUCACUGUGGAGCUAUUACAGGAGUACCAGUACCAGAUCAAUGUGGAGCUAUAUACAGGAGACCAGUACCAGAUCAAUGUGGAGCUAUAUACAGGGAGUACCAGUACCAGAUCACUGUGGAGCUAUAUACAGGAAUACCAGUACCAGAUCACUGUGGAGCUAUAUACAGGGAAUACCAGUACCAGAUCAAUGUGCAGGGGUACAAGGUAUUUGAGGUAGAUUUGUACAUGAAGACAGGGUAAAGUGACUAGGCAUCAGGAUAGAUAAUAAUAAGGUAUUUGAGGUAGAUAUGUACAUGAAGGCAGGGUAAAGUGACUAGGGGGCUCCAUGCAAGAUCUCACCUCGUGGAGUUGCAAUGAUCAUGAGAACGGCGAGGAAUCAGCCCAGAAUUACACGGGAGGAUCUUGUCAAUGAUCUCAAGGCAGCUGGGACCAUAGUCACUAAGAACAAAAUUGGUAACACACUACGCUGUGAAGGACUGAAAUCCUGCAGUGCCCGCAAGGUCCCCCUGCUCAAGAAAGCACAUAUACAGGGCCGUCUGAAGUUUGCCAAUGAACAUCUGAAUGAUUCAGAGCAGAACUGGGUGAAAGUGUUGUGGUCAGAUGAGACCAAAAUCGAGCUCUUUGGCAUCAACUCAACUCGCCGUGUUUGGAGGAGGAGGAAUGCUGCCUAUGACCCCAAGAACACCAUCCCCACCGUCAAACAUGGAGGUGGAAACAUUAUGCUUUGGGGGUGUUUUUCUGCUAAGGGGACAGGACAACUUCACCGCAUCAAAGGGACGAUGGACGAGGCCAUGUACCAUCAAAUCUUGGGUGAGAACCUCCUUCCCUCAGCCAGGGCAUUGAAAAUGGGUCAUGGAUGGGUAUUCCAGCAUGACAAUGACCCAAAACACACAGCCAAGUCAACAAAGGAGUGGCUCCAGAAGAAGCACAUUAAGGUCCUGGAGUGGCCUAGCUAGUCUCCAGACCUUAAUCCCAUAGAAAAUCUGUGGAGGGAGCUGAAGGUUCGAGUUGCCAAAUGUCAGCCUCGAAACCUUAAUGACUUGCAGAAGAUCUGCAAAGAGGAGUGGGACAAAAUCCCUCCUGAGAUGUGUGCAAGCCUGGUGGCCAACUACAAGAAACAUCUGACCUCUGUGAUUGCCAACAAGGGUUUUGCCACCAAGUACUAAGCCAUGUUUUGCAGAGGGGUCAAAUACUUAUUUCCCUCAUUAAAAUGCAAAUCAAUUUAUAACAUUUUUGACAUGCGUUUUUCUGGAUUUUUUUGUUGUUAUUCUGUCUCUCACUGUUCAAAUAAACCUACCAUUAAAAUGAUAGACUGAUCAUGUCUUUGUCAGUGGGCAAACGUACAAAAUCAGCAGGGGAUCAAAUACUUUUUCCCCCUCACUGUAUAGCUCUAGGACGUCCACAGGCCUCACAAGGCUCAUCUGAAGGUCCCCCGGUACCAGUUGAAAAAAUGAAUGGAAGUUUACAUGGAGACUGUUUAGUUCCAAAAAUAAGGGGUUAAAUAGAUGUACAAAAAAAUAACAAAUAUCUCUCUUCAGAUCAAACUUUCUUUAGAUUUCUUUGUGGGUACUAUCUGUUGUUCCAUGUAGUGAAUCAUAGGCCAAAUACACAUUCUCAUCAAAUAAUUGUUUUAUAUUUUUUUGUGGGGGGGGACACUUCAAGAGGUCUUCAAAUUCAAAAUCAAAUAGCAAAAUGAUCCUUGGUAUGACCUUCUUCAAACAAUUCCAUAUAGCUUAGUAGAACCCCCCCCCCAGCAUCCAGGAUUCAAACAACCAGUUUUAUAAUUUACAUUAGGCCAACACACUGAUAACACUUUACAUUAAGCUAACACAUUGGUAACAUUUUACAUUAAGCUAACACAUUGGUAACAUUUUACAUUAAGCUAACACAUUGGUAACAUUUUACAUUAAGCUAACACAUUGGUAACAUUUUACAUUAAGCUAACAUAUUGGUAACACUUUACAUUAAGCUAAGACAUUGGUAACAUUUUACAUUAAGCUAACACAUUGGUAACACUUUACAUUAAGCUAAGACAUUGGUAACAUUUUACAUUAAGCUAACACAUUGGUAACACUUUACAUUAAGCUAAGACAUUGGUAACAUUUUACAUUAAGCUAACACAUUGGUAACACUUUACAUUAAGCUAAGACAUUGGUAACAUUUUACAUUAAGCUAACACAUUGGUAACACUUUACAUUAAGCUAAGACAUUGGUAACAUUUUACAUUAAGCUAAGACAUUGGUAACACUUUACAUUAAGCUAAGACAUUGGUAACACUUUACAUUAAGCUAACACAUUGGUAACACUUUACAUUAAGCAAACACAUUGGUAACACUACAUUAAGAUAACACAUUGGUAACACUUUACAUUAAGCUAACACACUGGUAACACUAUAAAGUCAAUUAAUGAACAUGUUAACGCUCAACAUUAAGGUGUACUUAAUGUAAAGUAUAUUAGUCAACAUGGUAACACUUUGCUUGAGAUAUACUUUAUAUCACUUUACAUUAAGCUAACACUUAAAGGUGCACGAUGCAGAAAUCGCUCCACCAUUUCCUGGUUGCUAAAAUUCUAACAGUUAGCCAAAUUUCAGUUUAUGUGACAAAACAAGCACUCAAGUGUGUAGAAAAUCAGUGUACCAUCUAAACUGCUGUCAAAUAUAUUUUCCACAACCAAAAAUAUUGUAUUUUCAGGUGUUUUGAAGCUGGUGUACAAAACUGAAAGUAAAAGACACAAAAACUAAACUUAAGAACAGGAAGCAUAGAAAUAGUAGAACAUAGAACAGAUCUACAGUUUAUUAGACUUGCUUUCAAUGAGGAUGACAGAUCUAUAAUCACCUUUCUAUGUGAAUUUGGUCGGGUCCCCAAAAAGUUACAUUUUGCAGCUUUAACAUUAAGGUAUUAAGCAUUUGAGUAUACAUGGUAAGACUUUACAUAAAGGUAUACUUUAUACGGGGUUUGCAAAUUAUUUCUAAGUAGUUUAUAGCCCGUUAAUAAUUAGUUUAUAGAUAGUUUAUAAAUAUGUAAUAAACUAAUAACUGGUUGAGAUUGAGUGGUUUUGUGUCAUUUUGGUGCUUCUAUACAAAAUAGUUGUUCAACUGAACUCCUUCUUCUCAUCUCAUACCACAGGUGAUAUUUGGCAUAAUCUUUCCACCUUCGAUUCUCCUCAUGGAUUUUCGACUCGGGGAAGAAGUGACACAUCAAGCCCCGGUGGAGAGCGACGAAGAAAAGGGCAAAGACGAUGACAAUAAAUCCAGCAAGGUGAACACUGACAGUCAAGCGUCUGAUUGGUUGAUUGAUUGAUUGAUUGAUUGGUUGAUUGGUCGGUCGUCGGUGGAUUGGUUUGCUUGCUUGCUUGAUUGGUUGGUUGAUUGGUUGACCUGUUUUUUUAAUCAUACUUAAUACUGCAUUUAAUACUACAUUCAAAUGUACUGUAAGUCCUGUAUGUGAGUUCAUGACAGUUGUUUCCACGCUUCCAGGAAAUGAAUGCUGAUGCAGUGUCCAAAACUGGGGAUGAAGUAGAAACCGUGGUGACAAAGAGAAGAGUUCCGAUCAGAAAGAAGAUCUAUGAAUUCUACAAUACUCCUUUCACCAAAUUCUGGUUCAACACUGCAAGUAGACUUUUGAUACAACUAAAAACAAACGUUAUUUAGAAAAGCAUUUCUCAACACCCCACACUUUGAAAUGUUACAUUGUGAAAACCUUGAUUUGUUGUUUUGAAAUGAAUAUCAGCACAGAGGUGACAAAUAGACCUUGUCGAACAGAUAAUAUAAUACUAUUUAAUAUUAUAAUAAUACAGUAUAAUAUCAGCUAAAGAUUAUCUAAAGACGUGUGAUUAUUAUUAUUAUUACUAUAUAUCGAUCGACUGCACUUUGUUUUGUGGCCUAAAACGGCACCGCUGCCCCAUCUCCGUUCUCCUAAAAGCUCAGAGCUGUUUCCAUGUCUCCUCAGAUCUCCUACCUGGCCUACCUGUGUUUAUACAACUACAUCAUCCUGGUCAAGAUGGAGCGCUGGCCGUCCCUACAGGAGUGGAUAGUCAUCUCUUACAUCAUCACUCUGGGAAUGGAGAAAGUCAGACAGGUAACGUCUCACAUCAUCACAGUCAGACAGGUAACGUCUCACAUCAUCACGGUCAGACAGGUAACGUCUCACAUCAUCACGGUCAGACAGGUAACGUCUCACAUCAUCGGUCAACGGUAACGUCUCCACAUCACACGGUCAACGGGUACGUCUCACAUCAUCACGGUCAGACGUAACGUCACACAUCCACGGUCGACAGGUAACGUCUCACAUCAUCACGGUCAACGGUAACUCUCACUCAUCACGUCAGACAGUAACGUCUCACAUCAUCACGGUCAGAGGGUAACGUCUCACAUCAUCACGGUCAGACGGGUAACGUCUCACAUCAUCACGGUCAGACAGUAGGUCAGACGGGUAACGUCCCUCAUCACGGUCAGACGGUACGUCUCAAGUCUCUCUCACAUCUCACGGUCAGACAGUAACGUCUCACCAUCAUCACGGUCAGGCGGGUAACGUCUCACAUCAUCACGGUCAGACAGGUAACGUCUCACAUCAUCACGGUCAGACGGGUAACGUCUCACAUCAUCACGGUCAGACGGUAACGUCUCACAUCAUCACGGUCAGACAGGUAACGUCUCACAUCAUCACGGUCAGACGGGUAACGUCUCACAUCAUCACGGUCAGACGGGUAACGUCACUCAUCCGGUCAGACGGGUAAUGUCUCACAUCAUCACGGCAGACGUGGUAACGUCUACAUCAUCACGGUCAGACGGGAACGUCUCACUCAUCACGGUCAGACGGGUAACGUCUCACAUCAUCACGGUCAGACAGGUAACGUCUCACAUCAUCACGGUCAGACGGGUAACGUCUCACAUCAUCACGGUCAGACAGGUAACGUCUCACAUCAUCACGGUCAGACGGGUAACGUCUCAUAUCAUCACGGUCGGGAGGUAACGUCUCACAUCAUCACGGUCAGACAGGUAACGUCUCACAUCAUCACGGUCAGACAGGUAACGUCUCACAUCAUCACGGUCAGACAGGUAACGUCUCACAUCAUCACGGUCAGACGGGUAACGUCUCACAUCAUCACGGUCAGACGGGUAACGUCUCACAUCAUCACGGUCAGACAGGUAACGUCUCACAUCAUCACGGUCAGACGGGUAACGUCUCACAUCAUCACGGUCAGACAGGUAACGUCUCACAUCAUCACCCCGCGACUGGAGGAAAUUAGAAAGGUAAUGUCUAAAACAUUCAAGAAAAUGUAUGUGGGGUCCUCAAGUGAAAAAAGGUCCGGCGUGGGGGCCUCCAGGGAAGAAAUGGGUCGAUGUGGGGGCUUCCAGGGACAUAAUUGGCUGGUGUAGGGGUCUUAUGCACAGGCCGAUUUCUCAGUCCUGAUCCAAGUCCGUCCCUGCUGUUGCUCCCCCAUACAGAUCCUGAUGUCAGAGCCGGGGAAGCUGAAGCAGAAGAUCAACGUUUGGGCCGAAGAGUACUGGAACAUCACAGACGCGGCGGCCAUCUUUACCUUCCUCCUGGGCCUGAUGCUGAGGCUGCAGAACGAGCCCCUGAUGAGCAUCGGACGGGUCAUCUACUGCGUGGAUAUCAUCUUCUGGUACAUCAGGGUGCUCGACAUCUUCGGGGUCAACAAGUACCUGGGUCCAUACGUCAUGAUGAUCGGGAAAAUGGUGAAGCUUUGGUUUGGUUGGCUAUUGUAAUAUGAAAUGUGUAUAUAUAUAUAUAAAGGAAACACCUACAUAAAGUGUCUUAAUAGGGCGUUGGGUCACUGCGAGCCAGAACAGCUUCAAUGCACCUUGAUAUAUAUUCUAUAAGUGUCUGGAACUCUAUUGGAGGGAUGCGGCACCAUUCUUCCACGAGAAAUUCCAUCAUGUGGUGUUUUAUUGGUGGUGGUGGUAAACGCUGUCUCAGGCACCGCUCCAGAAUCAUAAGUGUUCAAUUGGGUUGAGAUCUGGUGACUGAGACGGCCAUGGCAUAUGGUUUACAUCGUUUUCAUGCUCAUCAAACCAUUCAGUGACCACUCGUGCCCUGUGGAUGGGGGGCAUUGCCAUGGUAGCCAAAAUAAUGGCCUGCCCAGCAUUUUUAUACAUAACCCUAAGCAUGAUGGGAUGUUAACUGAUUAAUUCACUCAGGAACCACACCUGUGUGGAAGUACCAGAACAUAGGUGUUAUGUCGAUGUCGUGGCUAGAGUAGAUCACGCUUGAUCUAAAGUUAGAAUGAUCAGAAAAGUGGGCAGUACCUUCUAAUAAUCUAGCUCUUGAUUGACAAGUCAAAUCAGUCCCAUGUUAAGUCAUUACGUGUCCUUUGCAUUACCAAUGAUUGACCAUGCAUGACAUUUUCUCUACCAGUCAAAAGUUUGGACACGCCUACUCAUUCAAGGGAUUGUCUUUAUUAUUACUAUUUUCUACAUUGUAGGAUAAUAGUGAAGACAUCAAAACUAUGAAAUAACACAUAUGGAAUCAUGUAGUAACCAAAAAAGUGUUAAACAAAUCAAAAUAUAUGUUAUAUUUGAGAUUCUUCAAAGUAGCCACCCUUUGCCUUGAUGACAGCUUUGCACACUCUUGGCAUUCUCUCAACCAGCUUCAUGAGGAAUUAUUUUCCCCAAAAAAUGUGAAACCAGUCAAAUGGCAGCAAACUGAAGCACAGUGAAAUGCUGGCCUUGUAACUUGCCGAAGUGAAGACCCAAGCUAUGGGCUUCUGUAACCAAGGUGACAGUGUAGCGGCAAACCUACCGACUCGAUUUAUCAUUUCUAGAAUGUUUUACUUAUGUGUCUAGACUUUUUCACAGUAUUUUUUAAAAAUAAUUUAUAUCGUGUUAAAUAUUAGCCACUAUCGGUAUCCACCGUCGGUUAUACCCACAUACAUUUAUAACUGUCGCUGACUUUAGUGUUAGUUUCCUUAAAUUUUGCAUCAUUCCAUUACGUCGUUAGUUUACCGUUCUUUCCUCUGUCACGUUAGUGUGGUUGUUCCUGAGGAUCGUUAGCAAUAGUGGAUCAUGUUAGGCUAACGGAUUACAGGUUACGUAAUCAUUUGGGACAUGUAGCCUAUUUGAAUCAUUAUGGAAUGCAGACCAUACGUAGCAGUUUAAACCUGGAGCCUGGCGCACGGUUCACGAAGACUGGACCGUUGUCAUCACAGUUCCAUGAUUAGUGAGGAUUAUUAAGGGUAGAUUUAUAGGACUACAGUUCAACCCCUGUUGUACACUUUUCUCACCUUCCAAUAUUUCAUGGUUUGAACAAUUGAAUUUGGCAACUUUCAGGAAGAAUCAAACCACUGUAUUUUUGAUUCACCAAUAUAUUUACUGCGUAAAGGCUCUCCAAACCAGAUUUAUAUUCAUAAAUACUUUUUAAUCUGCUGAUUGGUGCUGAAAAGGUGCCGAAUAUGCAUGUAUUUAGAUGGUUUUCUUUCAUUGAUCAUUAUUCUGAACCAGAUAUAUAUUCUAGUGAGUCUGUAGAGAAAAUUCUAAUUAAAGAUACAUUGUAUUUAAAGGGAUGGCUUUAGAUAAAUGUAAUGAAAACCCUAUUGAAUGAAAACUCUACAAGGAAAUCUGUUGAGCCAGCAAGUGGGAGGGUUUUCAGCAGUUGAAUUCAAUUUAUUCAGUGUGUGCAAGGGAACCAUGCCUGCAAAGCCCGGUAAGCACCUGCAUAUGGUAAGUCUGAAUAGCGACUACUGAGAAGUGCUUAAAUCAACAGGAGUAAAAUAGGAAUAGAAUCGGCCCUACAUGAUUGACAUGUUGUGUUCUAUGUCACCUACAUGAUUGACAUGUUGUGUUCUAUGUCACCUACAUGAUUGACAUGUUGUGUUCUAUGUCACCUACAUGAUUGACAUGUUGUGUUCUAUGUCACCUACAUGAUUGACAUGUUGUGUUCUAUGUCACCUACAUGAUUGACAUGUUGUGUUCUAUGUCACCUAUAUGAUUGACAUGUUGUGUUCUAUGUCACCUAUAUGAUUGACAUGUUGUGUUCUAUGUCACCUACAUGAUUGACAUGGUGUGUUCUAUGUCACCUACAUGAUUGACAUGGUGUGUUCUAUGUCACCUACAUGAUUGACAUGGUGUGUUCUAUGUCACCUACAUGAUUGACAUGUUGUGUUCUAUGUCACCUAUAUGAUUGACAUGUUGUGUUCUAUGUCACCUACAUGAUUGACAUGUUGUGUUCUAUGUCACCUACAUGAUUGACAUGGUGUGUUCUAUGUCACCUACAUGAUUGACAUGGUGUGUUCUAUGUCACCUACAUGAUUGACAUGUUGUGUUCUAUGUCACCUACAUGAUUGACAUGUUGUGUUCUAUGUCCCCUACAUGAUUGACAUGUUGUGUUCUAUGUCACCUGCAUGAUUUACAUGUUGUGUUCUAUGUCACCUACAUGAUUGACAUGUUGUGUUCUAUGUCACCUACAUGAUUGACGUGUUGUGUUCUAUGUCACCUACAUGAUUGACGUGUUGUGUUCUAUGUCACCUACAUGAUUGACAUGUUGUGUUCUAUGUCACCUACAUGAUUGACGUGUUGUGUUCUAUGUCACCUACAUGAUUGACAUGUUGUGUUCUAUGUCACCUACAUGAUUGACAUGUUGUGUUCUAUGUCACCUACAUGAUUGACAUGUUGUGUUCUAUGUCACCUACAUGAUUGACAUGUUGUGUUCUAUGUCACCUACAUGAUUGACAUGUUGUGUUCUAUGUCACCUACAUGAUUGACAUGUUGUGUUCUAUGUCACCUACAUGAUUGACAUGUUGUGUUCUAUGUCACCUAUAUGAUUGACAUGUUGUGUUCUAUGUCCCCUACAUGAUUGACAUGUUGUGUUCUAUGUCACCUACAUGAUUGACAUGUUGUGUUCUAUGUCACCUACAUGAUUGACAUGUUGUGUUCUAUGUCCCCUCCAGAUGAUUGACAUGUUGUACUUUGUGGUGAUCAUGCUGGUGGUGUUGAUGAGUUUCGGCGUGGCGCGGCAGGCCAUCCUGCACCCUGAUGAGAUCCCAACAUGGCGUCUGGCCAGGAACAUCUUCUACAUGCCCUACUGGAUGAUCUAUGGGGAAGUGUUUGCUGACUCCAUAGACCGUAAGAGUGACAUUAAUAGUAAGAUGAUGUUUCCUGUUUCAUGGGCGGAUGAUCAAUUCAAUCCUAAUCCCAUGAUGGUUGUGAAUAGUGGUCGUAGUCUCAAUCCCAGUCGAACAAAUCCUAUGUUCUGGUCCUAAUCUCUGUAGUCUCAAUCCCAGUGGAACAAAUCCUAUGUUCUGGUCCUAAUCUCUGGAGUCUCAAUCUCAGUGGAACAAAUCAUAUGUUCUGGUCCUAAUCUCUGGAGUCUCAAUCUCAGUGGAACAAAUCCUAUGUUCUGGUCCUAAUCUCUGUAGUCUCAAUCUCAGUGGAACAAAUCCUAUGUUCUGGUCCUAAUCUCUGUAGUCUCAUUCCCAGUGGAACAAAUCCUAUGUUCUGGUCCUAAUCUCUGUAGUCUCAAUCCCAGUGGAACAAACCCUGUGUUCUGGUCCCAUUCUCUGUAGUCUCUGAUGCAUCUCCCUCUGUUCUCCUUCCCCCCGCCCUGCUCCUCUCCCCCUCGUGUCUCUUCCCUUCCUCCUCGUCCUCUCCCCAUCCCUCUCUGCUCCUCCUCCCCCACCCUCUCUCUCCCCUCCUGCUCCUCUCCCCUCCUGUCUCUCCCCCCGCUCUCCCACCCAUAUCUCCUAUAUAGCGUGUGUUGUCCAGGUGACAUUGUAAGAUUCUGUCCUAACGUGUGUUGUUCAGUCAGUUGUUGUAAAGUCCUAGUUUGGUCUAGUUCGUGUUCAGUUCAGUGACAGUCUGUUGGUGUCUGUGACGUGUAUUGUGUCAGGGGAACAUCUGUGUUUGACGGUUUGGUGUCGUGACAGUGUUGUUCAGUUGACAGGUUGGACAAAUCCUAUGUUAAGGGAUCAUAGACUGUGUGGUGUCAGUGACAUGGUGGAUCAUUGACAGUGUUGUGUCAGUUGACAGUGUGUUGGUGUCAGGUGACAGUGUGUAAGGGACUCAUAUAGACAGUCGUUGGUGUCAGUACAGUCGUUGGUGUCAGUGACAGGUGUUGUGCAGUCAGUGUGUUGUGUCAGUGUGCUUCAUUGUUGUGCAAGUGUGUGAAACAUAUAGACAGGUGUGGUGUAGGUGACAGUGUGUAGGGACGGUCAGAUGGACAGUGUGUUGGUGUCAGGUUGACAGUGUGGUGGUGGUCACGUGUGGGUGGUCAGUGUGGUCAGGUGACAGUGUGUAAGGGCCUCAUACAUUUGAUUGGUCACAUGCAUCUACUGAGUUUAAUCAAUUAGACUUUAGGGACAGGUUUAUUUAAAAUGAAUUAUUACUAACAAUAAAAUGAACUCUCCAUGUAUUGCUUGUGUAAGUAAAUUACCAAUGAUACAUAUUGAAUUAUCCGUAUAAGUGAUCCCACUAACGAAAGUGUGUUUUUUUCUUAACAAAUGGAAAAUGAUUGGUCCUCCUUUUCCAAUGAUCAUCUGCCUGCUAGAGAUACUGUGUGCAUCCCAAAGGGCCCCCUAUUCCCUAUAUAGUGCACUAUUUCUGACCAGAGGGAAUGAGGGAAUAAGGUGCCCUUUUGGGAUGACGUCACUGCGUCACAUGAUAGAGGUGGAGGGGUUUUAGUCUCUGCCCAGAGGAAGACAGACCAGACGGCAUGGAAGCAUCUAAUCACAUUUCAUAACUGUACAAUCCAAGCAAUUAUAAAACUCUAUACAGUAUACACAAAACAUCAUCCAGAGAUAAAAAACCAAUCCAUUUAACUACUGAUCUGAAAUAUUGGAUGGAUCCAAACAUUCUAUGGCAAUGGAACUUUUAUAUUAUUAAAGAUUUGAUUGGUGAACAAACAAUGGAUCAAAUAAAUCUUACAAAAGUGAAAAAUGAAGGGAUGAUUGAAAUGAUUUUGUAUUACAUUGCAUAAAAUUGAAUCAAAUGAUUUUAAUCAAAUCAUACUCAAUAGAGAUGCAAAGUCCUCCUCUUGGCAGACUCAUGUUGAUUAUUGGUUUUGGUUGUUGUACUGUUGUUCUCCUCUGUUUCUCUGCUCUCUUCUCUCUCUCUCUCUCUCUCUCUCUCUCUCUCUCUCUCUCUCUCUCUCUAUCUUCUCUCUCUCUCUCCUCUCUCUCUCUCUCUCUCUCUCUCUCUCUCUCUCUCUCUCUCUCUCUCUCUCUCUCUCUCUCUGUCCCUCUGUCUGUCUCUCUGUCCCUCUGUCUGUCUCUCUGUCUGUCUGUCUGUCUGUCUCUCUGUCUCCCUGUCUCUCUGUCUCCCUGUCUCUCUGUCUCUCUCUCUCUGUCUCUCGGCCUCCCUGUCCCUCUGUCUCUCUCUGUCUGUCUCUCUGUCUGUCUCUCUGUCUGUUUGUCUCUCUGUCUCUCUCUGUCUCUUUCUUCCUCUCUCUCUCUCAAUUUUUCCACUUCCGUCGCAUCGUUGAUUGGUAGUCUAUGCAAUGGAAAUCAAUCGUAAGUAUCUAACUGUACUAUGCCCUCAUACAAUCCUACAGUACAUAUACCUGUUUCAGUAUGUACUACUGCAGCACAAAAUAUACUUGACAAAUCACCUUGCUGAAAAAUACAGCAAAUGUAAAAGUUGUUUUACCCAUCCUUGCUGUUGUUGCUAGUGCCCUGCUGGAAGGGCACUUUGGCUUUUUGAAAAGCGUGUUACAAAGAAAUUGUUAAAGAAAAACUGCCCCUCCCUCCAAAGUAAUAAGGUUGACAUGGUAGUCUAUCAAAGUAAUCAGACCAGAUAUUUUAAUAUAUUUAACUUUGACUAUAUUUCACUGCUUCGCUUAAGUAAAACUAUAAAAAAAGUUUUACUUGCCGAAGCAAGUCACAAUGUUCUUCAUGGAAAAGUACUUAUCUAGUUAUUAGUAGCAGUAGUAGUAGCAGUAGUAGUAGUAGCAGCAGUAGCAGUAGCAGUAGCAGUAGUAGUAGUAGUAGUAGUAGUAGUAGUAGUAGUAGCAGUAGUAGCAGUAGUAGUAGCAGUAGCAGUAGCAGCAGCAGCAGUAGUAGCAGUAGUCAGUAGUAGUAGUAGAGUAGUCAGUAGUUAGAGUAGCAGGUAGUAGAGUAGUAGUAGUAGUAGUAGUAGUAGUAGUAGUAGUGAGUAGUAGUAGCAGUAGAGUAGCAGCAGUAGUAGUAGUAGUAGUAGUAGUAGUAGUAGUAGCAAGUAGUAAGUAGCAGUAGUAGUAUAGUAUAGUAGUUAGUUAGUAGCAGUAGUAGUAGUAGUAGUAGUAGUAGUAGUAGUAGUAGUAGUAGUAGUAGUAGUAGUAUAGUAGUAGUAGUAGUAGUAGUUAGUAGUAGUAGUAGUAGUAGUAGUAGCAGUAGUAGUAGCAGUAGUAAGAGUAGUAGCAGUAGUAGUGUAGCAGUAGUAGCUAUAGUUAGAGUAGUAGUAGUAGUAGUAGCAGUAGUAGCAGCAGUAGUAGCAGUAGUAUUAGUAUUAGUAUUAGUAUUAGUAGUAGCAGUAGUAUUACUGUAGCCUGACGUUGAGCCUGUGUUUCCAGCGCCAUGCGGUGAUAACAUGUACGAUGAAGAUGGGAGGAAGCUGCCGCCUUGUAUCCCUGGAGCGUGGCUCACUCCAGCCAUCAUGGCCUGCUACCUGCUGGUGGCCAACAUCCUCCUGGUCAACUUACUCAUCGCUGUCUUCAAGUAAGUCAUGGAUCCCACUUCUGACUACCAGUGUAACCAAGCGGUGGGGAGCAGCACGAGGUCUGAAGUGAGGAGCGAACUCACAACUCCGUGGCCUUCCGCAGUCGGGCGCAUUACCAACUGGUCCACGAACACUCUCUCCCUUAGGCCGUGGUAAUCACGGUCACCACAUUACAUGAUGCAUUAUGCGUACGUAUAGUUGACUGUGUUGUGGUGUUGUGCAGGAGACCUGGUUGGUAAAAGCAGCGCACUGAUUGAGCCUCUCGUCCGUCCUUACCUCUGACCAACAGCAACACCUUCUUAGAGGUCAAGUCCGUCUCCAACCAGAUCUGGAAGUUCCAGCGCUACCAGCUGAUCAUGAAGUUCCACGACCGGCCCCUCCUCCCUCCGCCCCUCAUCAUCUUCAGCCACGUCUUCAUCAUUCUGAAGCACGUCUGCCGCCGCUGCAAGAGGAGGACAGAGGGCGAGCAGGACGACAGGGACAACAAAGGACUACGUCAGUGGGGUUUUUGGGUGAUAUCGGUUGACUGAUUGAUUGGUUGAGUGAGUGAUUGAAUGAUUGGUUGAUUGAUUAGCUGGCUGGUUGGCUGGCCGAAUGGGUUUUCUGGCUGGCCAGCCGGUUGGUUUGGCUGUCUGGUUGGCUGGCUUUGGUCCUUCAAGACGGAUUUCAGUGCGUUCUACCGGGUUUCCGAAGCAGUUUAAUUCCACCGACCCAGCUCCAGCGUGUGACGUGUGUUUCUCUGUCUGACAGAGCUGCUGCUGAAUGCUGAGGAGCUGAAGGCUCUGUAUGAGUUCGAGGAGCAGUGUGUGGAGGAGUACUUCAGAGAGAAAGAGGAAGAGGAGCAGUCGUCUAACGACGAGCGCAUCAGGGUCACAUCUGAGAGGUCUGCAUGCUCUAUGAGAGACCGGCAAGCUAUAUGGUCUUUCCUCUUUGGUGGACUGCUUACGUUGCAAUAAGCAACUGUCUCAGUAUGAAAAAUUGAUGCACUCACUAAAUAUAAGUCGCUCUGGAUAAGAGCGUUUGCUAAAUGACUAAAAAUGUAAAAAUGUAAAUAUUCGCUACAGUUGUUCAUAUUUAUCAGUAAAUCCCCACCAAUACAUUUGGUGUAGUCGGGCAGGGUGCGUAAAAAAACCAACAACAGUUGUGGUACUAUUGACUCUCGUUCCUCUCAGGGUGGAGAACAUGUCGAUGCGCCUGGAGGAGGUGAACGAGAGGGAGACCUCCAUGAAGGCUUCCCUGCAGACGGUGGACCUCCGGCUGGGUCAGCUGGAGGAGUUCUCCGGACGUAUGAUGAACGCCCUGGAGAAGCUGGCCGGGGUGGACCACAACGACCUGGUCAGGGCCCACUCUGGGGUCUCCUCAGUCUGCGACCCAUCCUCCCUGCUCCGCCACAGCUCCGUCAACAGGUUUAAUAACUUAUUUAAAGGACUCUAGAUGAGAAAGACAAUGGUCUGGUGAUUCAUGGACAGCGCAGUAGUCUAGUGUUUAUGGAUGAUGUGAGGAUGAUAUUUACUGAUUAUCAGCACAGUAGUCUAGUGUUUAUGGAUGAUGUGAGGAUGAUAUUUACUGAUUAUCAGUACCAGUAGUCUAGUGUUUAUGGAUGAUGUGAGGAUGAUAUUACUGAUUAUCAGCACAGUAGUCUAGUGUUUAUGGAUGAUGUGAGGAUGAUAUUUACUGAUUAUCAGCACAGUAGUCUAGUGUUUAUGGAUGAUGUGAGGAUGAUAUUUACUGAUUAUCAGCACAGUAGUCUAGUGUUUAUGGAUGAUGUGAGGAUGAUAUUUACUGAUUAUCAGCACAGUAGUCUAGUGUGUAUGGAUGAUGUGAGGAUGAUAUUUACUGAUUAUCAGCACAGUAGUCUAGUGUUUAUGGAUGAUGUGAGGAUGAUAUUUACUGAUUAUCUAUUUGUCUGUCUGUCUGUCUGUCUGUCUGUCUGUCUGUCUGUCUGUCUGUCUGUCUGUCUGUCUGUCUGUCUGUCUGUCUGCCUGCCUGCCUGCCUGUCUGUCUGUCUGUCUGUCUGUCUGUCUGUCUGUCUGUCUGUCUGUCUGUCUGUCUGUCAGCUCUGACGGCUACAGCCUGUACCGGUACCACCUGGAGAUGGGAGAUGACACCCGCUCCGAGGCCGGGGACAUCAAGAGCCCUGAGAGGAUGGGGAGCCAGAGGAAAGGGAGCCAGAGGUUGGCGGUUGAGAGGAAAGGGAGUAUGAGAGAAACCACGACCAGCACCACGGCCCCUGUGAAGGAGUACGGGGCCACGUUAGAUGUGGUGGGGCCCAGAGAGAGGAAGCAUUACAGCUCCAGUGUGGAUAGACUGAUCUCUGGGCAGAAGGAAACCCAGAGGCCUGAGCCUCCUACAGGGUCUUCUCCACAGCCCAACCCUGUAGCCUCCCUGGACGCAGCCCUGGAGAAGGCAGGGGUGACCAUGGAGAAGAUCAAGUUAGAAGCAGCCGUCUCAUACCCCCUGGGGAGGGUCAGGUCCCUGCAGUACCACCCACCAGAGACCCACAGUGACUGUCCGACCUCCAGGCCCAGAUCCAGGAGCGCUAUGGUGUACAACCCAGCCGAUGGGGGAGAUGAGGGGGAAACUUGGGCCACAGACGUCAACAACCCCCUCACAGGGGAGCAGGAAAUGGGUACCUCCAGAUCUCCGACCAUGGGUCGCUGGGCAGCCCGCUUCGAGUACAAAGUCCACCCCUGCCCGUUCGGCCACACGCCCAAAGUCUCCAUGGAGAAGCUAGUCCCCCCCCACCACCGAUACGAAUUACGAGGCAGAGGUCAAGGAGACAACGACAGACGGUGAACAACAGGAGCCAGGGAAGAGCAACAAAGAUGGCGGUGAGGAGAAGCAGGAAGCGGAGGACAAAGAUACUGGUGGAGGCCUUCUGCUUGUGGCAGAGGACAGGAUGUAUCCAUCACUGAGGUCUAAGAGCCUGAACACCAACCCCAGGAAGGUGAAGACCAGAGGCGACUACGUGCAGAGACCCAAGUCAUUCAGUAGUGUAAAAGACUUAACAGCUAUGUUUGGAGGGACUGGGGAGACAGAGACAGAGGUAGAGACUGACAGACAGUGU